CCACAAAACAGUUGCUACAGCAACAAGUAAUUUAAUAACAAAGUCAUGAGCAGCAAAAAGAAAGGACCAGGAGCUACCAGGGCAUUGGUGGACAACAGGUUGCUGGUACAUCACCCGCUGGAUUUCUCAUUCAAAGCUAUUCAAGAAUUUUCAGAUCUGUUGCGAGAGAGGCCUCGACUGAGAAGUAAACAGUUGCAGGGAGUGUUUGACUUGGAGGACGAGCUAAGUGCAGGAAGCUCUAGAGGUUCAGUAGAGGUAGAGAAAUUCCCCUCAACUGCACUAAAGGUCAACAACAACUUACUGGUCAGCUGGGAUAGAUUCAUGCCGUCCAUCUCCAGGCUGUUUCAGGACCCAAUGUUAAAGCUCGGCUGGAUUGAUUUCUCCUUCAAUGAUCUAAAAACAAUUGACAAGUGUCUUCUCGAGUUGCCAAAUCUCACCACUAUCUAUCUCCAUGGAAAUAACAUUGUGACUCUAGCUCAAGUCGAUAAACUGUCUCAGCUCGACAAUCUCAAGUCUCUGACGCUUCAUGGCAACCCCAUUGAAAUCAACUCAGGCUACAGAUUCUAUGUUCUGUCAAGAGUACCCCAGUUACAAACUCUGGACUUCAGUGGCAUUACCAAGUCAGACAGAGCUUCUUGUGAAACAUGGAAGACUAUGAUUGUCCCUAAAACAAAAUCAAGAAGAAAAAGAGACGAUGACUAGAAAUGUCUAGAAAUGUCAAUUGAUAAUUUCAGCUUCAUAUUAAGCUUUACAAUAAUGAACAUUGUCUAUUCCUUUACUGUUGUACUUGUGCUCAAACUUAAAAAUGGCUCUUUCUUGACUCUCA